CAUUUGCGGACUGAGCCAGUUGAGUUGAAGCAACCAGCGUUGAUAAAGAGAAGAGAGAGACAUACACACACACACACACAAACACACACACACACACACACACACACACACUCUCAUUCAGCCUCUUUGAGAAGAAGAGGGGCUGGCAUGGGGGGAAAGCUUCCAGCCCACAUCCAGGUGAAACGGGACAAUGGAUUUCAAUCUCAACUUCCUGUCAGUACACAGAUCACACCAAAGACAGUCUGGGAGAUGCGCUCUUGGUGCUGGCCUGGUUCAGCCACAGAGGGAGUGCUCUCGGCCUCUAGAGGAUGGCUGCGUUUCUUCUUACUGCUGAAGCUGGUGACGGUGCUGUUGUUCCCCCACACAGCAGGCCUUCCCCUGCUGGUGGGCUGUGUGUUCAGCUUGCGGGCCCUGUUGCUGCUGCGCUCCCCUCACAUCUCCACCAAGCCCUCCACUGUGCUCCUGGGCCGGCUGGCUCUGACAGACAGCCUCGUGCUGCUGCACUGGAUGCUUCAGCCGGGAGCGCCACUCGUCUGGUUGAUGGAGGAGGCGGGCUGUGAGACUACAACGGGCCUCAUGGAGGAGGGGGAAUCAGUUUGGUGGAGGGAGGCUGUGAGCAUGCUCUGUCUGCAGCUGCUUGAUGCUCACCACCUGGCCUCUCUGCUCCUGCUGGGGCUGCUGGGACUGGAGGCAACGUUGGUGUCACGCUGGCCUCAACAGACUCGCAGAUUCAGGACUUCUCACUGGGCUCAGCUCAGCUGCAGCCUGGUCUGGACACUUGUGCUGCUUGAACUAUUGUACUCGCUCCACUCACAACUUUUGACCAGGCCUCAGAAUUAUUUCACAACGCUACAAACCUCUCAAAGUUCCCCUCUGGGUCUGGUGCCUCUUCCCUCCCUUCCAGGUUUCUCCUCAUGCCUGAGAAGGACAUUAUGGCUGGUGAAUUUAUGGCUGCAUUAUGUUGUCUUUUAUAGCAGAAGAAAGAAGAGUAAGAGCUUCUUUCAUUAAGAGUUAUUGAUAUUCUAUUUUAUUUAUAUAGUAAAACUAUUGUAAUAUUGCAGGAAAUAUUCUGAGUAAGAUGUCUUUAUAUGGGCCUUAAAUUGAGACUAACUGAACAAUUUCCCCUUUGGCUACAAUUGCAUCACAAAAAUUGACAUGUGUGCACUUUUACUUUUGUGAUAAAACCACUAAAAUGUUUAUGUGUGUAAUAGUAGCACAAGUACAGGACACCAUAAGCAACUGGUCAUACCAGACCAACUGAAGCUGUAGUAGUGUAUCGCAUAGAGAAAAGGUGCUUUUUGAACUUGACUUUUCAUUUGUAAAAAGAUGAAGACCAUUCCAGGAAAGGCAUAGAUAUUGUGAAAUGUGGCUUUAGGCGGGAUUUUCAAUGAAAAGUUUCCUCUGUUUACAUUGAAGAGGCUUGCAAUCUCACAUUUUAAGAGUGAGAGAUUAUGAUCGGGUUCAUAUUGUAAACAUGCUCUCAUCCUGCAGUCUCUCAGCGGUUCGAUCUGGCAGACAGACAAGAUGUUAAAAUGAAAUACGGUGCUCUGACCAAUGUUUGCAAAAUAAAAGAGCACAAGGCAACAUAUUAAGUAAUUUAAUGUUGCUCUUCACAGUCUCUAAUUUGUGUUUCAAGAUGUGUUCUGUUUGCAUAAUCAUGUCCCCCUUGCUGCCCAAUAACUCACAUAUGUCUGUUUACAUUAUUUGGCACCAUAUCAUUUGCACAGUAAAAAGUAAAAAACACAAACUGGGAUGGUUCAGUAGCAAGAUUUGUUUUUCUUUCCAUAAAUGGAAACAGUUGCGUUUAUCCACCCAGUUACUUAGCUAGCUACUGAUCAGAUAAUACGCACACAAAAGCAAUGUCUGCCUAUAUGAGUCAAACGAUGGUCAUGCUGAUAAGACAGAAGCCACAAAAACACAGGGCUUAAGACUUGAAGACAGUACCCAGGCACAUGGUGGUUGGAGCCCAGAUUUCAGCUACUACAAUCAUCCUUGCAUUACACAAAUGUGUCUCUGAUGAUAUAAAAGAUCAAAGUUGU